UGCUGGCUAGUGGGGGACAUGCGCCCCGCAGCGCCGGGCGUGGGGAUCUGAGCGGGUCGGCUGCGGGAGAAUGAUGGACUCCCGCCGCGCUGCCCCCCGGCUCCUGCUGGCCGUCGCGGCUGUCCUCCUGCGCGCCCCCAGAGUGGACUGUGAAUCUGACCCUCCUGAUGUGGUGUACCUCCCAGCUGAACUCAAAGUGCUCAAUGGCCCAGAGUAUUUCCGCCUUCAGCGUACAGAUCGUUACUCGCCCGGAAAUGCCUCCCUCAGCUCCCGCUCGGAGACCUUCCUCUUCCUCCAACGGCGGCUCACCGGAAAGCCCACCAUCCAAGCUGCCUACCUGCCAUUCAGCGCCCAGCAGGCAGUUCCAGCUGAUGAUUCCCAAUUCACAGACCCCUCUGCUGCCUGGGACAUUCGGGCUGUCUCCAUUGAGGGCACGGUGUCUCCUUAUGAGCCGUACGCCAGGGUCCUCUUCCACCUCCAAGGGCAGGACUGGGUGUUGGGACAGCAGGCCCUCCCAUGCGUCACACUACACGUCUUCCACCAGGCCCAGGUGGUUCAUCGGGCCUGCCACCUCCAGGCCCCACUAGGUGUGUGUGUUGUGGAACUGGAGCUCCCCGCUCGCUGGUUCUCACCUCCCCCGCCCACCAGCCAGCGCACACCGGAGGAUUCUACCAUCGCUCCUCUACGGGCUGAACUGUACUAUACCCUGGAGCCCACACUGCCUGGCAAGACACCUCACGAGUGCCCCCACAGACGGAGCCAGGAAAGGCCGCAUCCAGGCACGGAGGGCGCCAAGGAGCGGCUGCGUUACGUGGGUCCUGUCGAUAUCCGGGUGAUGAGCCCGCCCCGGCGCCAGGAGGUGCGGCUGGAUGACAACGUGAUGGUUCGAGUCCCUGACAUGGCCCUGCGCCCAGGACAGCUCUUCACUGCCACCCUUAUCCUGCAACAGAACUUCACCGCUGACCUGCUGACACUCCGCAUCAAGGUGAAGAAAGGGCUACAGGUCCUGGCUGCUCGCCCCACCAGGCCAGAGGCCUGGACUGCAAAGCUGGACAAGUUCAAGGGUGCCAAGCAUCACACCGCUCUGGUCUCUUGUCGCCGUUCUAUUAGCAGUGGUUUGGACUGGAGGGCAGCAGAUUUCCCAGAGUUCCUGUAUCUGGAUUUUGUAGUAGAGAAUGGUACAGCGGGGCAGGCCUCAACGCGACCGGUCACCUGGCAAGUGGAAUACCCUGGACAGGACCCUGAAGCAGAGAAGGACAAGAUGGUGUGGGAGAUCCAAGUGUCGGAACGAGAUGUACGGGCCUUGGUUCCGUUGGUGAAGGAGCAGGAGAUUGUGAACACUGCGCUACUCACAGGAAUCCCUCACUCGGUGCCUGUGAAGCUGGUUGUGGUAGAGACAGGAGGAGCGGUGACUGAGGUGACGGAGCAGAUGGGCUGUGAGUCUUCUAACAAGCAGGUUCUGCAGGUGUCAGAUGUGUGUGACGCUGUCUAUGUUGGAGGGAAAGAGAGCCGGGGGGCACGUGGCGUACGGGUGGAUUUCUGGUACCGCCGGCUGCACGCUUCGCUGCUCUUCACUGUCUGGGCCCCACUACUGCCUCUGCGCAUUGAGCUGACUGACACCUCCUUGGAGCAGGUGCGAGGCUGGAGGGUCCCUGGCCCAGCCCCUGACAGCAGCCUAGGAGAGCCUGAAGAGGGUGGAGAGGAAGCAGAGAGGAGAGCUCGGGGCUGCCGGCUCCAGUACCAACGGGCUGGGGUCCGGUUCCUUGCCCACUUUGUGGCUCACCCUCUAGAUGGUGGCCGUCACCUGACCUAUAUGCCAAGCUCCGAUUGGCUGCUAGAUGUCUCGCAUCUUGUGCAGAAGCAUGCUAGAAUCCAGGACCCCCGAGUGGCGACGCUGGAAGGUGGGAGUGUGGUGAUUGGCCGUGAACCAGGCAUGACAUCUGUGGAGGUGCGUUCUCCUGUUUCUGACUCUAUCCUGGGGGAGCAGACUCUGGUGGUGUCGGAGGAGAAGGUCUCUAUCUCUGAACUGCAGGCCCAGCUGGUAUCGGGGCUCUCGCUGUCGCUCUCUGUGGAGCCCGGACACCUGAAUAUCUUCACUGCCACGUGUCGGGCACUCUCUGCCCUGCAGUCCCUGAAGCAGGAAGCCGUGCUGAGCAUCUGGCUGGCGUUUACUGACCACACCUUGGCCCCCACGGAGCUUUACGGCUGGCGGGACGCGUCGCUCGUACUUUCCUCACUGAACCUUCACGUGGCGUCCGUGCGGCUGGACGAGGGGCAGGCGUGCCCUGUGAUUGUGGCUGAGGGAGCAGGACGAGGGUCCCUCCUGCAGCUCGGCCUGCACUCCCCGGACACUUGCCGCAAGGGCAAGCACCGGGCUCCCCUCGCCCAGGGCACAGCAUGGCUGGAAGUGAACUUUGGGCAGCACUUCCUGACGACCAGCAGCCCACGGCAACAGGAUCCCCGCCUCCACGGCGAGCCCCCCUUCCAGCGAGCAGAAGGGGCCAUGUCCGGGGAAGCAGUCACGGUUGCUGCGGUCACCGAGAGCGGAAGGGGAGCGAGGAGGCAUGGCCCCGUAGGGGUGGGGCCGCCAAUGACCAAAUUUGAGGGGCCUGGCGGUAGCUCCUAUGAGGACGCAGAGCAGGCGGAGGAGGAAGAGGAGGAGGAGGAGGAGGAAGAUGAGAUGGUGAAGGCCCCCGCGCGGGUGACAGACUUGGAGAUCGGCAUGUACGUUCUCCUGGGCGUCUUCUGCCUCGCCAUCUUCAUCUUCCUCAUCAACUGCGUGGUCUUUGUACUCCGUUACCAGCGCAAGGAGCCUCCUGACGCUGGGUCGGGGCUGGCCUCUUCCACCCCGCAGCCGCACAACUGGGUCUGGCUGGGCACUGACCAGGAGGAGCUGAGCCGGCAGCUGGACCUGCGCAGCCAGCACUGCAAAGACCAAGCCCUGGACCCGUCCAGCACUGACGAUGGCUGCUGCUGCUGCGCAGCACCAGAGGGAAAGCUGGAGGCCGCGGCUCAAGCGAGCCCAGCGCCACCCCCAGGGCCAGAAACGGGUGUUUUGGCCAGCGCUUUGGGCCCAACGGCCCAAGCGAGCCCGGCCCUUACUGCCACCUUGUCUCGGAAGAAAGAGGGCAGGGAGGUGGGGGGCCGUCGGAAGCGUGUGGAGUUUGUGACCUUUGCUGCUCCCCCUGGCUCUGCCCCCAGCCCCCCUGCGUCCGCCCCCGCCGUUCAGUCCAUCCUGGUGGCCAGCGAGGAUGACAUCCGCUGGGUGUGCGAGGACAUGGGGCUGCACGAUCCCGACGAGCUGCGCAGCUACAUGGAGAGGAUCCGGGGCAGCUCCUGACCUCCGGGCUCUCCUGCGCUCCACCCAUACGGGCAAACCAAUAAGGGAUCGGCAUUUGCUCCCCCUCGGCGCUCUCCUAGGGUCAUCCUGCUGGGCUGUCUACUUUAGGGAGGGCUACACACAACAGGAAACCAGCUUUGGGUAACUCCGCUGGGCGAGAAGAGGGAGCACGGGUUACUCCGGGCCAGAGACGCUCCAGCUGCUCUCUCUGUUAGAGACCUUCUUCCUCGGUUGUGCCACUAAGCCGGUUCCCUUUGCAUUCUGGAGAUGGAUUUACAGGUCGGAGUCAACCCCCUCCUGCCGCCAUCCCAGUGGCACUUGCUCCCUUUCCUGGGGACGGAACCUGUGUGUCCUCGUUGCUUCUCCUCUCCCCUGCCCCCUCUUACAAAAAAAAAGUUUGUAUUCAGUAUGGGUGAGGGGUUGCAGGCUGGAAGUCAGCCCCGUGCCAGCAGCAAGCUGAUUGCGAUACGCCCUGGAAAGGAACCCAGGGGAGGGGGGGCGGCCUGCUCCUAGCCCUCCCUUAUUGCUUUGACUCUCAUUGCCAGUUUGUGUCCAUUGUGUGAUGAUGGUUUGAACAGCGAGUGUCCUUCCUACCUGUGGUCUGAGCCUGGAGCUCUUCCCCUACCCCCCACCCCCACCC